AUGAAGCUGUUACAUUUAACUUUUCAAGUUCUACUCCUAGUGCUAGCCUUGUUUUCUUCUAAGGUUUAUACAUCAAACCUUACUAGAGGCAAUGGAUUGGAUGAAAGAAAAGUGGAUUGUGGGCAUGUAGAGUGUGGAAGUCACAAUGUUGGUGAUGAUUAUGGUGGUGGUGGAGGUGCACCUGGAGUCAAUCCGGGGGUGGUGGUAGGCAGUGGUGGUGGUGGUGCGGAAGGAGGUGACAAUGGUAAAAAUUAUGGUGGUUAUGGAGGUGGUGAAGAAGGCGGUGGUGGUGAGUCAGCAGGUGGAACGACUGGUUUAGUACCUGGCGCCAACCCUGGUGGUGGUGUUGGCGGUGGGGGUGGAGAUGAUGAUAGAGACUGCCAUGGUGCAAGAAGAUCGAAUGACGGUAGUCAAAGAAGGAAUGGUGGUAGAAGGAAUGGAGACAGAUCUAUUGGAGGCGGUGGUAGAGGCAACGAUGGAAAUAACAGAGAUUGUGGAGGCGGCAAUGGUGAUUGUGUGGGAGGGGGUGGUGGGGGAGAAGUGAAUUGUGAUUAA